CCGAAAGGGUUCUGGGUCUCCCGGGAGGGCGGCGAGUCCCGGUGCCUGCGGGCGUUCGAGGCGCUCAGGAUGGGGUUCGGGGGCAGGAGCGACUGGGACUGAUGGUCUCAAAGGUCUUUUCCAACCAAGCGGUUCCUGCACGGCAAGUCUUCCUUGUCGCUGGGAGCUGUAGGAAGGGGAACCACAUUCAGGUGUAAGUUGAGGGCUGCUUUCAGUUUAACCUUUGUACCUCAGUUUCUGUUAUCUCGUUGAGCUGAGUUGUCCUCACGACCCCUUCUCAUAAUGUCAUUUUGGAAGAUAUAUUUCACGGUAUCCUGUUGUUUGCUUGUUCUGAUCUGACUUGGUGCGCUACAGAGCUGUCUGAUAGUGGCUCGAUGUCGUCCUGCCCACCUCUCCUCGUCUUCUUUUUGUAUUGAAGUUUCCUCUUUUUGAAUCAACAUUUGAAACUGCCUUCCCAGCUUACCUAUAAGUUUUCUUCCUCAUCACUCUGCCUGGUUGUAAUGGUUAUUGGGUUAGUUUUUCCUGAACAGGAAGUUAAGUGCAGGUGGCCCAGGUAAGAGGACAUUCAAGAGUCAUAUUAAUAAAGUCGGAAGUUGGGUAUGUUAUUUAGAAGCGAGGGCAGGGAAGAAGGUUCAAAAAAUGCUUCUUUCUUACGUUUCUGUGUUUCUUGUACUUAUGUGACUUGGAGCACACUUGCAGGCAAAAGUGCAUUUCUUAUGUACUUCUCAGUGUUUGGGGGUUUGUUUUUUUAGCUGAAUGAAACCUUAAUACCUAGUGGAGACUUACAUGUUUGUCCAACACAGGAUGUCCCCGUGACACUGGGUGGAUCUGAAAGAGACCCUUCUUCUUGUCCUUCCUGGGCAGGUGACCACCUCUUCCUCUCACUCUUUGAGAUGCAUCCUCUGAAGCUCUGUUCAGCAGAUACUAAGCCUCCAAAAACAUGAGGCAAUGAUCCAAAUGGCCGGUGUGGCUGCCACCCAUCACUGCCUGAAGGCGUCCCAGUCACUGUGUUCAACAUGUGCUCCUCCUCCUGGGCACAGAAGCGCUGUGGCCUGAAGUGUGUCUUGAAGAGGGGCUAUAGGUGAAGAUGCAGGACCCUGAACUUAUUGCAAAAACACUGCGAGCUGUUCUUCUUCCCUUUAAAAAUGGCAUACCUUUACCAGAGCUUCAAGGUGAAUACAAAUCCCUGACCGGCGAGUGGAUUCCCUUCAGGCAGUUAGGACAUGACACACUGGAAGGCUACUUGGAGAGCGUCCCAGGAGUGGUCAGAAUGGAAGGGAACAAAAUGGGAGAGGUCAUUUGCCGUGCUGUUGCUAGCAACGAGACUGCGCCAAUUGCUCAACUGGUGGCCCGGCAGAGGAGUUCCAAGAGGAAAAUGGGACGGCAGGUGAAUUGCCAGAUGAGGCUGAAAAACACGUCUCCAGUAGCAUUAGCAGGAAAACCAAAAGGAACUUUGCGACAGCCCAGGUCUUUGAACAUGUCAGAAGAAGGCAGCAAGAGGGCUGUUCCUCGCCCACCACGAGGCAAAGUGGCAUGUGGAGUGGUGAAACCCUCUAUGGAGAGUUCCCGGUCUGCCUUACCUCCAGCCACUGGGAGUGGACCAUCUAAAGAAAUUCCCAUGCAGAGGCACGUCACUGUGGUAAACAGGUCUGAGAAGAGACAGACUGUCCCAGCACGUUUUCAAAAGGAGCUGCAAGUUCAUCUGUCCAGAAGCUCUUCCGUAGAUUCAAAUGAUAACUUGAACACAUCCACUGCAGAGCCACAUACUGUUGCAUCUGACCCUUCUGCUGCUUAUGUCAGUGAAGUUCAAAGUCGCAUUAAGGAGAUUCUGAGCAAGUGCAGCAGUGGCGUCUGGCUGUCAAAGAUGCCACAGAUCUACCGGGAAAUGUACUGGGAGGAUCUUAGCACAGCAAUGCUCCGUCAGCUUGAGAACUGGCCUCAUGUAUGCACAGUGGAGAAAGUACAGAGAGGUGAUCAGAUGGAUGGCCUUCUUUAUCCUGCUAAGAAAAUGCCACUGACAGCAAAAGGUGAUACAGAGCAACAAAAGGCAUCUCAGAAUGUUACUUCUUCAAAAGCAGACCCUUUGUUAAAACCAAGUGUGGAGGCGAUGCCUGCAUCACUUAGUAGUGAUUUCAAACAGAAAGUUGUUAACGUAUUGCUGAAGUAUCCCAGUGGUCUUUGGGCUAAUGCGCUUCCCAAAGUGUACCAAAACACUUACCAAGUAAAAUUUCCAGAAGACAUUCUAAAUAAUUUGGAGUUGCUCUCAGAUGUAUGUACAGUGGACUACGUAUCUGAAGUCCCCAGAAAGGCCAUCCUUUAUGCUAAACCCCAAGGAUGUAUUGAUGAAAAUCUGAAUGUCACUGAAAAACUCCAGAGGCGUGAUUCUGUGAAGGCCACAGCUGAACAGCAGCAUGAAGAAUCCAAGGACCACUAUCCAGAGAACCUAACUGUUCCUCCUCUAAUCAUUCCAUCGGAAGGAUCUGUGUCUGUCAUAGUGUUGGAACUGAAAAACACUAAUGAGGUCCAUAUUAGGUAUGUGGGCAAAGAUUAUUCUUCCGCCCAGGAACAAAUGGAAGAUGACAUGAAAGCAUACUAUAGUCAGAAUAGUUCAGUGUCACUAGCUCAACCUCUGAGCAUUGGGCAACUUGUUGCAGUACACGCUGAAGAAGAUGCCUGGUUGCGUGCUCGGAUAAUUUCUCUAGAAGACAACAGAAUAAAGGUUUGCUAUGUUGAUCAUGGCUUCAGUGAGCUUGUUGAAAGAAACAGUGUCUACAAACUACAGAAACAGUUCCAUUCACUUGCAUUUCAAGCCGCAAAGUGUAGACUGGCGGGACUGGAAGCCUUCUGUGAUGAUCCUGUCCUAGUAAAUGCUGUGGAAUUGCUGACAUCCUCCAAAAUACUUGCUGUGGAAAUACUGGAAAAGAGUGAAAUUCCUCUUCUUGUUCUCUAUGAUACUUCUGGAGAAGAUGAUAUCAACAUCAAUGCUACCUGUCUGAAGUCAUUGUAUGAUAAGUCCCUUGAACUUCACCUACAGGUAGAUUCGCUGUAUACAAAUAUCAGAGUAACCAGUGUUUUCUCUGAUGGAAGCCUGUAUUGCCAAGUGCCAUCUAGAGGCUUAUCUAGACUUUAUGAAAUCUUGCAGAAACUGGAAGACUACUUCCAUCACAAGCAAACAUCUGAGUUUAAUGUAUCGCUACCUUUCUGUGGCAAAAUCUGCUUGUUUCCUUCCAAAGGCAAAUGGGCACGCGUGGAGAUAAGAAUAAUUCACACUAGGCGGGCACUUGAUGUGCAGUUCAUGGAUACUGGAACAAUUGCAGCUGUAAAAGUAUCGGAACUAAGAGAGAUCCCCCCGCAAUUCCUGAGAGAAGUAAUUGCAAUACCUCCUCAGGCUAAGAAAUGCUGCCUAGCGGAUCUGCCUCCUAACACUGGCAUGUGGACCCCAGAUGCUGUAUUGUGGCUGAGAGAUGCUGUAAUGGCUUGUCCUGAAUUUAUCAUGAAGAUGGUUAAACUGGAUGCUUCAAAGGGAAUUGCACACAUUUACUUGUUUGCCCCAGAGAAUUUCCCAGACAUGGAUCGUAGUGUCAAUCGACAGAUCAAAAAUGCAGACUUGUGGAAGCAUCAGAAAGAUGUUUUCUUGAGUGUUACACCCAGUGGGACCAGCUCCACAAAAGUUACAAGUGCUGCUGUUUCAGGUCCACGGUUAACAAGCGGAAGGCUCGAGAAGAGUCUCUCCGAUUCAGCCAGAGAACACAGCAGUGCAGUGUCUACUACUGAUAUGCCUCCGCCUCUGCCAUUGUCAAAGGCUGGCGAGCUCAUGGAUGUCUAUGUCUCGGUGGCCUGCCAUCCAGGUCACUUUAUUGUCCAGCCUUGGAAAGAGCUACAUAAUCUAGAAGCACUAAUGGAAGAAAUGAUCUUGUACUACAGCAGGGCAGAAGAGAAACCUGUGAACAUUGAAAAAAACAAGCUAUAUGCAGCUAAAAUUGAAAAUCAGUGGUACAGGGUCAUAAUAAAAGGAAUUCUUAGAAAUGGGUUUCUGUCAGUAUAUGAGCUGGACUAUGGUAAGCAUGAGUUUGUCAGCAUAGAAAAAGUACAGACGCUCGUGGAUACGUUUAGAAAACUACCUUUCCAAGCUGUAACAGCUCAGCUUGCAGAGUCUCAAAUAGCUAGUUAAGUUGGACUCUGAGCUGCUACGUGUUGUCAAAGCAGGUCAACUGAGCCCGGAAGACCGGUAACUAUUGUCUUGCUAUUCUUCCACAUUUUUUCUCUCUUUGUUUCAUGUCUGCUACCUCUCACUCUCUGGUCUACUCCCUUGUAAAAUCCCAUUUGCUUCCUCACCAGUCACCAGCCUUUCCUAGCAUUAAUUACCCUUUCUUAAUUGUUGAUGGACUGUUGACUUCUCAUUCCUUCUGUAACCUGCAAGGAGCUGUGUCCCUGUGUUGUCCUGUCCUAUAAGCAGCAAGCUGCUGCUAAUAGUGCAAGCAAAGUGUGGUCACUUUGCUGGUUUGCUUCUUUUAACCCUAAGCUGUGUUUGCAUAUUCAUGCACAAUACUUGAGCCCCACGUGUCUAGGUGCUGUAUACCCGCAGUGGUCUAGGGAGACCAAAUUUCAGGUCUGCAGGAGCCACUGCUUUCUUGGCGGGAUACAGCCAUAUUCAAAAACCUGUUUGGCUUCAAACGACACAUCCCUGAGCAGACUUGAAUUGGUGGGAUGCUGGUCUCAAAACAACAGCAGCAGUUGUGAGACAUUCAGGUUGCGUUUGCCUUCAUUUCUGCUCUCUGUAGAUCUAGUUUGGGACUUGAAGUUUUGGCAGAUGUUUUAGUACCUGAUGCUGCUUUGAGAUGAAGAAAACUUAAUCUAAAGCAAGUUCUACAGGAAAAAUAACUUCAGCAACUUCAGGCA